UCCGUGGGGGCAGUUCAGGCUUGCUGAUCGGGGCUGGCUUGGGCAGAUGUCAAAUCUCACUGUACGGCUGACAUCUCCUGCGGGUCGUUCGCGCAUCGUGCUGCCCAACACUGCCACGCUCGCGGAUUUGCAGGCUGAGGUGAAAGCCCGCUGUGGCGUUGAGCCUGAGAGUCAGCAACUUUCGCUUGACCGAGCAGGCACUCAGGUGAUCAGUGGACAAGCAACGCAGCUGCUGACGCAGCUUGGCAUUGCCAAUGGCACUGAGGUUCACCUGAGUAACAGAGAAGCCAGCAUCGCCGGACAGGUCCUCACAAAGACGCCUGUCUCAGUUGCACCUGAGGAGCCAGUCGCAAAGGCGAGCGCACCUGCACCUAGCGCCAGUGCGAGUAGCUCUUCAGCCGUGAGCUCUUCGGCCAAGCCGUCCCCUGCGCCCGCGGCCCCUGCCGCAGCCGGCGAUGGCAAAAAGGCUGACCCCAAAUUCGAGACAUUUGAUGCCUUCCUGAGAAAACGACAGUAUGAUGUCCUAGCUCUUCCAGGCAACCAGAAAUAUGUGACUGGUCAGAUCAAGAGGGGAGGUAUGAUGAAGAUCCCACCCUCAGUGUCCAUCAAACAGCAGCCGUAUAGACAUGUGGACACUUUGUCCAUCAUCAACGUUCCAGAGAUGGAGAACUUCAUUGGAUACUGGAAUGGAGUUCUGCUGGAAAAUGCCAUGCAGCGAACUGGCUUCAUGUAUGGCUACUACUUAGAGGACAAAAACUAUGAUGAGGGUACUCGCGCCAUCAUGGAGGGCAUCUACGAGCCGUCCCAAGAGAUGGUGGGCGAAAUAGCUGAACCUCUGACAGACGACCAAGAGAUGAGCAGGGUAAACAGGAUAGCAGAAGCCCUGGGCCUUGAAUGCAUCGGUUGGGUUUUCACCUCGUUGCCUCUGGAGGAGGACCUUCUGUUGUCCCCGGAGGAGGUACUUCGGAUUGCCAGGCUGCAAAACGAACACUCAACCGAUGCACAUUUUACAAGGUAUGUCCUGUCCAAAUUCGUGACCUGCGCCGUGCGCCCGGACCCUGCAAAUAACGGUGCCCCAAGCGUCAAUCCGUUCAUGGUUUCCGAGCAAGCCUGUGCCAUGCUCCGGGAUGGCAUUCUUAGCAGCGCUCCUUCUGAGCGACGCGCCUGCCUGGUGCGUGAGGCAAAGCCAGACGAGCUCAUCCCCGAUUUCGUGGUGGAAGGCAGAUCAGACAAGAAGAUCGCCACCGACUUCUUUAUAGUGCGCGUCAAUGACACUGCGCCGAAGAAGCACCAGCGGAUGUUUACGCAUGCUGACUUCCCAAGAGAAAACCGUCCUACGCAUCCUCAGAGACGGGAAGACUUGAAGAAGUACUUCAACAAAAUUCCGAAAUCUGAGCCAUCAUGGUCGCGCUUCGCCGACUUUCACCUUCUGCUGUACAUUGCGAAGGAAAUCGACGUCGACACUGCGGUGGCCAUCGCAGAAUGCGUCAGGGAUCGGAAGGACAUUCCAGAGGGAGUCACCUUCAUGUUCAACGAGUUGACGCAGUGAGGCAGCGAAUUGACCAGAAAGACUCGAGCUACUGAGCCUGGGUUUCCGUGGCAGUGCGGUCGUGGCAUGAUGUGGCAGUUGCUGGAC